AACCUUGCGCGGCGUCGCGCGCAGCUCUCCGGCUUCCAAAAGUGACGUCACUUUCCUGCGCCCCAAAAAGCCCAACAGCGAGCUCCGAUGUUAACGACGCUACUUUGGCGCUUAUAACGCUCCAAGCCAUGGCCCCUAAAGCAGCGAAAGGUAAGAAGGUGGUGAAUCAGGACGAACUGCGGCGGCUGAUGAGGGAGAAGCAGAAGCAGGUGGAGCGGCAGAAACGCGUCGAGUCUCCGUACGCCAAGUACAACAGCCUGGGUCAGCUGAGCUGCGUGCUGUGUAACGUACAGGUCAAGACGGACAUCCUGUGGCAGGCUCACGUGCUGGGAAAACAGCACAAAGACAAAGUCUCAGAGAUCAAGGCGGUUCAGCAGAGCGCGGGGAAAGUCCCACAGGCUCCACAAACAUCCACACUGAAGAGGAAGGCUGCAGAACCGGAAGUGCAUGAUGGGAAAAAGCCUAAAGCGUCAGGUGCUGGUUUGGUCCAGGGUAAGACUGGACCAGGUGCAGGACUCGGACUUCUGGCUGGACAAUAUGACGACGACGAUGAUGAUGAAGAUGAAGAUGAAGAUGCUGGUGCUAACUCAAGUAAAGGUCCCAGGGAUGUAAAGCAGCCAGCUCCUUCCACUGAUGGACUUCCUGCUGAUUUUUUCGACAGCAGCAUCCCCGCGAUCCCGUCCGUCCCGGCCGCGUCCCACUCGGGCUCCAUCUCAAAAGCCGAGGCGGAGAAACCCGUGGAGAAGAAGGACAACAUGGCGGAGCAGCUUCCCGAGGGCUUCUUCGACGAUCCGGUCCGAGACGCCAAGGUGCGAAACGUGGACACUCCGAAAGACCACCUGGACAAGGAGUGGGAGGAGUUUCAGAAGGAGAUGCGGCAGGUGAGCAACGUCUCGGAGGCCAUCGUGGCCGAGGAGGACGAGGAAGGGCGCCUGGAGAGGCAGAUCGACGAGAUCGACGAGCAGAUCGAGUGCCUGCGCAGGGUGGAGGUGUUGCGCAGCAAACAGGAAGCCGUCAAGAAGAAGACCACGGCGUUGGAGGAACAGAGACGUCUUUCAGGAAGCCGUGGUGAAGAGGAGGAGGAGGAGGAGGAAGAUGAGGAGGAACUGAUGAAUGUGUUAGGCAGAGACUGGAGAGCUAAAGGAGCGCUCGCGUAGCCUCUUUGCACCUCACUGAUGCAUUGUGGGGGAUUUCAGUAGGAUUUAGAGCUCAGUUUCUGUUCUUACUCUCUGACUCUUACAGUUCCAUAUUAAAUGUUGUAUAACUGCGGUUCAUGGAGUCACAGUAUAGCAUCACAGCAGUGAUGUCUGUGAUCCAGAUCCAGGUUUGUUAUCAGCUCACUCAUGGCAAGAAAUGUAGAAAAAUUGUGUAAAAGUAAAACCUCACCAGUGACCUGAUUUCGCCUCUGGACUCUAUUUCCUCUAACAUCAACAGUCUGAAAUUCUGUGAUGAACUGCUCCUAUGUUCAUGUAUCUUUUGUAAAAUAAAACAGUUUUUCACUCAAA